AGAAGAGCACCCAGCGAGAGGGCUAAUCUCCCUCUGAGGGAAGGCUGGUGCAUCGCUGCAGGGCUGCCAGCCUCGUUGUUCCCGACGCGGAGGGGUCGAUGGAUGCUUCAGGCCUUGCCGGGUGACCCCAUUCCCCUCGCGCCGAAGGAGUAACCGCACUCCCUUCCGGCGACUGCCCGCUUCGUCGCAGAGCUCCGAUCGACCAGUACGAGCACACGCCUGGAUGCCCUGCGGUAAGCUGCGUCGAUGUUCGCGUUGGGGAUCGGCCCGGGUGGUCGCAUCCGCAGCUUAUCAAAGGAAGUCCUCCGCGUCGCUCUCGAAGUCGCGCGAACGGGUUCACUUAGCACGCUCGACUUCUCCGCCCUCAUCCAUGGCUGCGCCGCCGCGGCUCAACCCUUUCGAUCAUGCACGAUCAUGCACCAACUACGUUUCCCCCCGCUCGCGGUACCUUGUAAUACACUAAAUACUGCGUGGCCAGGUUCGCUCCCCACCAGUUUCACGCCCGGAGUCAGUCCCCCAACGCCGCCAUCCUUCCUCGCCUGCUGCCACCGCGCGCUGGCAGCCCUCCCGUCUGGUCGCCUUCCUAAUCGGGCAGGUUGGCACGUGCGCGCACGCUCAUGAACGCCCGCCACCCGCCUUGAUGCGCACCACUC